UACCUGAGCAAAAUCUCAGGUAAACCAACCGACCCAGUAGGAACUAGAUCUGUCACAGUCAAAGGAUUUACACAUAACAAACGCCUCUGACUCUCCCUCUCAUUCUCUCUCUCCCUCUCUCCCUCUCUCCCACUCACUCUGUCAUUGUGGAGAAGAGCUAGUUUGAGUCAAUAAUAUAAUCCACAAGCUGGGGAAAGAACAUAAAACCAGCCAGUAAAGAAGGCACAACUGUUUAAGUAAUUUUACACGAUAUCAUUUAAUUUAAUUUCAUACCAUUUCACACGUUUAAUACAAACUAGAAAGAUGACUUGAUUUAUAAAAUAUCUGCUGGAUACUAAAAUUACAUUAUAAAGGAGGAAAAAAAAGAAACAAAAAUUAAGGAUCAGGAUCUGUCGAUCCAAUAACUAUAACUACCACUACAACCGUACCUGUCUCUACUACUACCUACGACAACAACAAAAACAACAACUACAGUACUACAUUAAGUAGAAACUAAAGCUAAGGAAAACAAGCCAGUAAGGGAGGUGGAGUGUUAAACGGGUAACUUAUUGGUAUGGCUGAGUAUUCAAAUGCAGCUGACAAAGAAUGGGGCCCUCAAUACGACAACUUGGCUUAUCAGCCAGAACUGGUGAGUCGGCUGCAGCGCACCUGGCCAAACACACAGAAGCAAACUUUAUUUUCUGGAGAGAGUAACAAUGACUGGGAUGACAUGCCUUCAGAUUAUUCUUCCAACGGCCACAAUUGCAAGAAGUUUCUAAUAAUUUUUGGAAUUCUACUUGUGGUGAUAGGCGUUGCUGCUGGAAUUGUCGUGGCCAUUUAUUUUUCUGGCCAAGUGGGAAUUUCCGAAACAACUGAGGCCCCAGUUACUCCGGCUCCAGAACCUCAAGUGAUAGUGGAAUCUUCUGUAAAAUUAAAUGAUACAUAUGUGCCAGCCCUAGCAGAUAUGUCUUCACCUGAAGCACAGCAAAAGGCCAAAGAAUUUGAAGAAAAGAUGGACAAGAUCUAUCAAAACUCCUCACUGGCUGGUGUCUACAAUAGAACCGAAGUAACUGGAUUUGCAAAUGGCAGUCUCAUUAUAAGAUUUAUUAUUAUAUUUAAUGUGGUAAAACCAAAUCCUAAGGAACCUGACGUACCAAUUAUAAAAAUUGAUUUAUCAAUAAUCUUUGAAAUAAUGAAUUCAACAGAAUCCAAGACACUUUUGUCAAUCACAGCCAUAUUGAAAGUGGACUUUGUAACACCUGGAACAACUGCUGCGCCACCUGAAACAACUGCUGCGCCACCUGAAACAACUGUGACGGUUCCUGUAACAACUGGUAUUCCUGUAACAACUGGUAUUCCUGUAAGAACUGAAAUGGUAAUGGUUAUGUCCAAAAUAAAAUUAAAUGAUACAUAUGAGUCAGACCUAGCAGAUAUGUCUACACCUAAAGCACAGGAAAAGGCCAAAGAAAUUCAAGAAAAGAUUGGCAUGAUCUUUAAAAACUCCUCACUAUCUGAUGUCUUCAGUAAUGUAACAGUAACUAAAUUUGAAAACGGCAGUAUCGAUACGCAAUUUGAAAUUAUAUUUAUCAUUCCUGUGACAGACAAUGGCACACCAAUCAUAGAUAUCAAUUUGACCAUAAUCAUUAGUAUACUGAAUUCAACAGAAUCCAAGUCACUUUUGGCAAUCAUUGCAAUAAUAACAGUUGACGUUUCCACUCCAAACGUGACAACAGCAACCACAGAUACCAUUCCUACCACUUCUCCCAUUUCCACUAUCUCCAUAACCCCUGAUAUAACAGUUUCAGCACCAACAUCAACAGAGGAUACCUCUUCCUCACCCACCAUAUACCAGCCUGAUAACACAACUGGAGUGACACCUUUAACAGCAACGUUGUCAUCUGGAGCCUCCACCACACAACCAACAUUUGUUAACUUCACAGGUACAAGAGAAUCUGGAGCCUCCACAACACAACCAACACUUGUUAACUUCACAGGCACAAGACAAUCUGGGGCUUCCACAACACAACCAACAUCUGUUAACUUCACAGGCACAAGACAAUCUGGGGCCUCCACAACACAAUCAACAUCUGUUAACUUCACAGGCACAAGAGGAUCUAGAGCCUCCACCACACAACCAACAUCUGUUAACUUCACAGGCACAAGAGGAUCUAGAGCCUCCACAACACAACCGACACCUGUUAACUUCACAGGCACAAGACAAUCUGGGGCCUCCACCACACAACCAACAUCUGUUAACUUCACAGGCACAAGAGAAUCUGGAGCCUCCACAACACAACCAACAGUUAUUAACUUCACAGGCACAAGAGAAUCUGGAGCCUCCACAACACAACCAACAGUUAUUAACUUCACAGGCACAAGAGAAUCUGGAGCCUCCACAACACAACCAACAUCUGUUAACUUCACAGGCACAAAAAUAUCUGGAACCAUCACAACACAACUACCUUAUGUUAAUUUCACAGGCACAACAGUAUAUAGAAGCAGCACUCAAAAUACCUCUUACACAAGGCACUCUUCCUUCACUUCUUACAUGCCACCCACUGACGCAACAAUAACACCAACUGCACCACCAGUCAAGUGUGAGUUAGGAUUAGCUCCAUGUAGCAGCAACACCCAAUGCAUCCAAGAUAAUUGGUUCUGUGACAAAGUUGCUGACUGCAGAGAUGGAAGUGAUGAAAAUCAAGUAAAAUGUGGAUGGAAUGACACUGAACCAACUCCUGAACCAAAGUUUCCAAAUGGCAUUGAGCUAAACUGUAACUUUGAAAAUCCUGACCGGAGACUAUGUAACUACCAGGCAUCAAAUGGAUCAUAUACAUGGAGCAUCCAACAGGGAGCCACACUAACUGAUUCCACAGGUCCCCAAUUCGACCAUUCUUACCAAGAUCAAACUGGUCACUACAUUUUCACUGAAUCAACUUAUGGCUCUUUCAAUGACAUUACCAGCUUAGUGAGUGGCUUCGUAAGGACUGACAAUGAAACAAGCAGUCUGAGAUUCUUUUAUCACAUGUAUGGCGAGAACAUGGGAAGCUUGUCAGUGAAUUUUGAUAUUAGAGAAAAAGGACAAAUGAAAAAAGAACAAAAGUGGAUAAAAAGUGGUGACAAUGGAAAUUACUGGAUGAUGGCUUGUAUACCCCUCCCUGCCAACACUGUCUUAAGGACCCAAUUUAUAGCUAACCGUGGAAGGCUUCCCACCAGUGAUAUUGCAAUAGACGACAUUAAAUAUUCCAUGGAGCCAUGCCAGAAGUUACCUUGUAAGUUUGAUGAUUGGAUGUGUGGUGAAGUUGUAUCCCCAACUGGAGAAAAUCCUGCUUUAUACAAAUGGCGUACUCAGCGAAGUGUGGCCAUGUGGAACAUGGCAGAAAAAAUGGGACUGCUAGGUGAUCAUACUAUGGGAUCAAAGCUUGCUCGUUAUAUAGUGGCAAAUUCUUCAGAAGGAAGUAGCGGGGACAAGACAACGUAUAGAACUCCUCCCUUCUCCAAUGAAAACAAUGCUUCCCUGAAUUUUCGCUAUUUCAUCAAUGGUAACAAUGUUGACAAACUCACUGUCAACAUCCGUCAAGGCAACUCACUGGUAUCUAAAACAUGGUCCAAGAACAAUGAAGACAGCCGGUCAUGGCACCGUGGUUGCCUACAUGUUGCUGGCAACAUUGAAGCUGUUGCAGAGUUUAUCGCCAACCAUGGUUCUGGUCCUGAUGGUGUGAUUGCAGUGGAUGAUAUUGUCCUUUUAAAGUCACAGUCAUGUGAUACAAUCACUGAGUGUGACUUAGGCAAAGACAUAUACUGUGGUUUCAAAGUUUCUGGUGACAACACAUACAGAUGGCAAGUGCGCGAUAAUAUUAGAGGUCAAUAUAUUGAAGCAAUUGGUGAAAACAAAGAAGGAUUGAAGACAAUGUUAACUUCCGAGACAUUCACUCCAGUUUCAAAUAACAAUAUCAUCCUACAAUAUUACAUGGCAGGCUCUAUAUCUUUAUAUAUCAAUGCAAUGGAAAAGGAUUCAGAGGGUCAAGAAACAAUGACAACGCUUUGGACUGGUAGUAGCCAAGUCACUCCAGAUAUGUUAAAUCCCCCACCUUCAGAGGAUCUUCAAAAUAUGCAAUUAAGUGCAGUAAAGGAGACCAGCAACCAGAAUGACCAAAUGGAUUGGAUGAAAGUGUGUGUUCCAUUACCCAGCAAACCACUUAAAAUCCAAAUUGUUUCUCUGAAGAGAGAUGUGGUGGCGGACUCUAUGGCACUGAAAUAUGUGGGUAUCAGUGAUGAAAAAUGCAAAGUGGGUUUGAUGAUGACCAACUGCAGUUUUAAGGAACCAAACAUGUGCAACUAUGACAUAGACUGCUCUACAAGUACUCAAUUUAUGUGGCACAGAACCACUGGUUUCAAAGCAAAGGGACUGACUGGUCCCCAGAGGGAUCACACAAGUAACACAACUGGAGGUCACUUCUUGCAAACUGAUUCAUCAAAAGGUCGUCCAGGUGACAAGACAAAUGUCAUAUUUCCAAACAUCAAAGAAUCAAAAACAAGCAGCUUUAGAUUUUACUAUUAUAUGUAUGGGUCUGACACUGGUAGCCUCCAAGUGACUGUCAAUGAAAAGAUCAUGUGGAAGGAAACAGGUGCAAAGACACCGUUUUGGUACAUGGGUUGUGUCGAUCUUCCACUUGAUACUCAAGUCAAUGUGAGUCUCACUGCAACCCGUGGAAUGGGUCCUCUGGGAGACAUAGCUAUUGAUGAUGUCAGUCUCUCACAUUACUCUUGUCCACCCCGGAAAAUUGAUUGCAGCUUUGAAAAUGAAAUGAUGUGUGGUUACACCAACUUACCUGCCAGUCAAGCAGACAACAAAGCUAUGGUAGAGGACCAGUGGUUCCGUAGCAACCUUUCUCUGAAAGAAAUGUCCAUCACCGAGACUAAAUUUGUAAAUGACUACUAUCUGCUAACAACAAGGCCAUCUAGAAUCAGAUCCCCAAUGAUGCUGUCCCCAACCGCAAGUUGUCUACAGUUCUCGUAUUUCAUACUAAUGGGCGAGGGAACAAAUAUAACAGUCACAGCUAUAUACGAUGAUUCCUCCAAAACUGAAGAAUAUAUGUUUGGUACUAAUAACUUUACAUGGGCUGACUGGAGGUUUGGGCAGAUAAACUUGGAGAGUGGCAAUGUUGCCCUUGAGUUCUCUGUCCAAGCUUAUGAUCAAAAGGUCACACACACCUUCUUUGCCAUUGAUGAUGUGAAGGUCAUUCCAAACACUUGUCAACCUCUGGUUUGUUCCAAUGCCGAUCUCAAGAAAUGUUCAAAAGAUGAUGUUUGUAUACCAAAAUACCAAUUUUGCGACAACGUUAAAGACUGCGCAGAUGGUUCUGAUGAAGACGGAUGCACUAGCUUCUCAAAGGAUAUACGGUUGGUUGAUGGGAUUACCACUGGAGACAAAGGUCGAGUGGAAGUUUUGGUUAAUGGAUCGUGGGGUAGAGUCUAUGCGUUACAAUGGAGUGAAGUCAGUGCAAAUGUUGCUUGCAAGCAAUUAGGAUUCACGGGAUACGCUCAGAGUAUAGGAUUUGGCAAAUACCACUAUGGUGUUGGCACAUUGUGGAAAGUCAAGUGUUUUGGCAAUGAAAGCAGAAUACAAGACUGCAAUUUGGACCGUAUGGAAAAAAUUAGCCAUCCUUUGUCUGAUGUGGGAUUGGUCUGUUAUAAUACAACCUGUGCGACUUCCAAAACACCAUGUCCACAAUCUAGCAAUAUGACCUUCACCUAUUGUCUAUUUGAGGAUCAGUUCUGCGACGGUGACUAUGAUUGUCCUGAUCACUCUGAUGAGAAAAACUGCUCAAAAUGUCAAAACAAUGAGUUUUAUUGCAAAAAUAAAGAAUGCAUUCCUUCUUCGAAGUAUUGUGAUGGCAGAACUGACUGUAAAGAUGCCUCUGAUGAAAUAAACUGCAUAAGCAAAGAUUCCAAAGGACAUGUGUCCGUGUUCCAUGCAGGAGAGAUCCUUCCUUUAUGUGUUGAUACAAAUAAAAGUAAUGCUGGCAUUUAUAGUACUGUCUGCAUGAACACUGCACAGGGUGUGUUGGAUGUAUCAUUAAUGGGCAAGAAUGUCAGUAAAGGUGUCAUGGCUACUUAUGAUGAAACAGCAAGAUCAGUGUUUGGCCCCUACAAACUGUCUACAGUAGGUUCAUGCACCCAAGCAAGAAUACAAUGUAAUAAACCAGAGUGUGGUAAACAACCUAAAUCCAUGACUUCCGUCGCCGAGUUUGUUCAGUUUGGUGCCCAAGCACUAUUUGCAGAAUAUCCCUGGCAAGGUAUGCUAUUGAGGAAUGGUAAAUUUAUCUGUGGUGUGACAAUUAAGAGUACAAGGUGGUGUAUCACUGCAGCACACUGUGUAAUUGAAAAAGGCGUACAGUAUGAGGUUGCAGUUGGUCUAACACUCAAAGAUAAUCUACCCAGUGCUCCCAAAUAUAAGGUGAAGGCCAUCCAUCACCAUCCAAACUCUGUCAUUGUAGAUGGUAUCCCUUACAGUGACAUAGCCCUGCUGUUCCUGGAAGACGAGAUCCAGUUUACUAACAGUAUCCAGCCUGCAUGCCUGCCAUCAAAGGUUUAUACCAAACAUGAUGACUGUUACCUCAGUGGCUGGGGCAGAAACGAAAACUUGAUUACCCAAAACCAUCUCCAAGAAGCCAAAGUGACAGUAGUGGAUAAUAAAGAAUGCGAGAAGUUCUACAAAAUUAAUAUUUCCAUCAUUUGUUUCAAACAUAAUUAUCCCAACAUGCCCAGUUGUUAUGGUGACAGUGGAGGACCACUGGUCUGUCGAAACAGUUACGGCCGCUUUGAACUGGUUGGUGUGGUCAGUUUUGGUUAUCCGCUCUGCAGUGCACCCAAUGGUACAGCAGCUGCAUUUGUGAAUGUGUUAGCAAUGCGUGGCUGGAUUGUUGAUAAAACAAGAUGCAUUAUACGUUGUCCUGAGAAUAACAAAUGUCUAUAUGAGCCAGAAAUUUGUGAUGGAGUAAGUCACUGCAGUGAUUCCAGGGAUGAAAAGUCACCAUAUUGUAGUCUAUCAGUUCAAUGUAAGUUUGGUACCCCUUUCAAGUGUGGCUAUAAGAAUGUAAGUUCUUCCAGUCCAUGGUAUUGGACCAGUACUCGUCAUAAAAGCCCAGUAAUCACUUAUCAGCCAUCAACUGGAGGAGAUGAAGAGACAGACGAGUUCAUGAUAGCUUCCCCGAAUGCAACAAAAGACAAACCAGCUGUGUUGGAAUCACCAGUCUUCUCCAACAUACUUUGCAUAUCAUUUUUGUACAUUGCACACAGUAAUUCUUCUUCAACCCAAGCUGUUCUGAGUGUUAAGGCUGAGAUAGAAAAUUCUUCAGCAGUGUUACCUAUAUGGACCAACAGCGAAAGCAGCAAUGUCAUUUUGGAAAAUGCAUACCCUCACUGGAAACUGGUCAGGCUGCCUCUCCCCAAUAACACCAAAUCGUUUAUGUUUGAGGCUUAUUACAUGAAUCCAGAUAUGGCAUCCUUUAUAACCAUUGAUGAUGUUCAAGCUCAAGGGGAAAACUGCAAACAAAAUUGUCCUGAAAACUUCUACAAAUGUAAAAACGGCGAAUGCAUUAAGAACUCCUACAGAUGCAACAGAAUCGCAGAAUGUUCAGAUGGCAGUGAUGAAACGGACUGUAAUCAAGUGCCAGGUCAACUAACACAAUAUUAGCAAGACUGAAGAUGUAUAUAUGCAUAUACAUGUAAACAUUCAAAUGGACAAUAUAUAUAUAUAUAUAUACACACACACACACACACAUAUAUAUUUAUACAUAUAUACACACACACA